AUGCCUACGCCCGAAGUAUUCCUCUACAACGCUGGAACAAGCGAUGCCAUGUACUACUUCCCAGACUACGUGAUCCUCGGACUCAUUGGUUUGGAAUCCUACAUGGACUACUACGACGAUGACGCUUUCGUCAAAGCCCACUGGGAGGAAUUUACUCGCACAAUGACCUGGCUCAUUGGCAACCAGGGAAGCAAUGGGCUCAUCGAUCUUACCAAGUACGAGGUGGUAUUCCUUGGAUCCGGUGCAGGCAUGGCUGUGAAUGCUGCUGCUGUCCAGUGUCUCAACGGUAUGGCCAGGGUAGCGCGUGCUGUAGGUGACUGGGAGUCUGCAAACUCGUGGAUUACUGUCGCAACUAGCGUCAAAACUGCUAUCAACGAGUUGCUCUGGAACGAUGCGCUGGGUAACUAUGCACUCGAUUUGUCGACACCUGAAGUGUAUGGCGUCUCGGCUACUGCGUUUGCUCUCACUUCGGGUGUGGCCAACGAGACCCAGACCAAGCUGAUAGUGGACGGUUUGGAAGGUCUGCGUCAAGGUCCUGG